UCUCUUUCUCUCUCCCUCCCUCUCCGCCUUCUCCUCAGUCUCGCCCCCCCCCCAAAUGCCAGUAUCAAAUGUCAGAUAGUCCUUCCGCCCGCGUCUCGGCCCUGAGCCGACCGCGCGCCUGUCCUGCCGGGCCCCGGUUGGUCUUUCUGGCCAACAAUGCCAAGGUCGAGUCACUUAUCAUUGAGGACUACCUGCGGGAAAGACUGGAACUCGAGCGUCUUUAUGCCAGCCGUUUGGCCGAGAUCGCGGCUCGGUGUCGGCUUCGACUCGAUGAGCAUGCAGCUCUCGUUGAGAGUGAAACGGCCCCCCCAUUGGCCAAGUACUUCUCCAUCCUCGGUGAAUUGUCGAACGAUCGUCGGAUCUCGGCCGAUCAGAUCGUCGACCAGGCUCUGGAUCCGUUGACCUUCUUCAACCGCAGCAAGAGCCCCGACCCCCUGGCCGUUCGCGACGCUCCCUCUUUCCCGGAUGCCUCGAAGAUCUUCCUCAAUUAUGAAGCCCUCAAACUGGAGGUCCUGAAGAUGGCUCUGACACGCCUCACCAUCACGCAAUUAAUUGGUCGCGAGAAGGAAUCCGAGCACCUGUUUGAGGUUGUCUCCUCCUUCCAGGCCUUCGAACCGGAGUCCUAUGUAAAUGGCAUCAUUCGCGAGGAGGCGGCCAAGCGCUCGCUCUACGGACUGGCCCCCAUCAGCACCCCGCUUUGGGUGGACUUCGAUUGUCGUGGCACUUGCCCCAACUCCUUCCCAUCCGCCCACACCCCGACCACUGCGACUGCCUUGCGCCUGGCGACCUGUCCGGCCAACUGUCACGGUCCUGCCUCGACGGUCAAGCGUCCCACCGGGCAGAAGGUUCAAUUUCGCGAAGGCCCCGAUGACCUGAUCGGCUAUACCGAGACCCGUGGCCGGCGUUCACUCCGGGAGUAUCGCAAAAACCAGAGGGCUCGCACACCGAAAAGCCCGCCGCCCAUUCGGAUGGUCAUGAAUUUCGCCCUCCCAAGUCACUCCCAGCCGGUCCUCGAGUCUACCCCAUCCGAUAGCAGCAGCGAGGAUGAGUUUUUCGAAGCAAUGCGCACUUGGCAAGCACCCAAUGCCCCUGGGCUGCCUGCUGCAUCGACGGUCUCCCCCCUGUCCGGGCCCACAGCCGCACCGCCAAUGGCGACGGUUGCGGCCCGGCAACUGCCCGCCGACGGCUUGCCCAUGGAUGACAGCGAUCCCGACUCCUCAUCGCCGCCUCCCCUGCCAGCCUCCUUUGCCUUGUCCCCCGCACCAAAGGCAGCCACCGGCGGCAUGGCCAUGGCGGCCAAUGUCCAGGGGGCCGAGUCGUCCUCGGCCGCGGAUCUUACCCGUCCAUCACUGCCGCUGCCUUCGACCGGUCGAUCUCUCCGUCCCUCCCGCCCUUCCUUCUCGCCGCCCAUGCUCAAGUCCAGCUCCGACAGCUCCAUCUUCCUUCCCCACUCCGAGGCCCAGCCCUCCGCCUUCCACACCCGGCUUUACCAGUGUUCCGUCGCCACGGAUCCGGCGGCCCCGGCGGACUUGACUCUCCAAAGCAAAAUUCUCUUCUCCGACUCCUUUGUCCGGGCAAUGCUCAAGAAGUACCCGGCCGUCGCAUCGGCGGCCACCAGCGUGCACCCCCCACGGGAAGGAUGGCUUCUUGAGGUGUCCAGUUUCCACAUUGACGAGAUUUCCAUCAUCUCCUCGAAUGAGCAGCUCCGCCAGCGUGCCUCCCCCGUUCAACCGCUGCGCAAGGCCGCCGGUGCUCGAGGCUCACUGAGCGACCUGCCAGCGGGACUUGUCGAUGCCUCGGAGCGCAUUCUCCUGCCGACGCACCUUCGCCCCGUGGCUUCAAGUGAACAGGCGCCUCGCCUGGUGGGUCACGGCCUUGCCGCUGCCGAGCCCCAUGUCCCGGUCACGCGUCACUUUACCGAGCACCUGCCGGCUCUCAACUCGAUGGACAAUUCCUUCCUGGUCUCGACGCUUGCGCGAGAUCGUUGCAGCCUGCCUGGGAACUUCCUCCGGCCUCUGGCGCUGGAGCUGGAGCUGCCCUUCCCCCCGGAAGCCGCCUUCCUCGAGACCAUCCACGAUGCUUCAGGCGAGGCUCCUUCGCCCGAAGAGUGGAGGCUAAAGGGUCUGGCUUCGGUCUUCCUCCUUUCGGCCAAGCACGACCAUGCCCGCACAUCCGGCUCCUUCGCCGAGUGGGCUCUUGGGUGGGCAUCCCCACCGAGGGAUGGCCGGUUGGCGGCUGGAGGCGCCUGCCCUCCCCCGGCGGAGGUCAUCCACUUCGCCGACAUCCCUCCCUCCUUCACGGUUUUGGCCAAUACCAGCAUUCGCCUUGCCCUGCCGGUGGCGUCCCCGGCCACCGGGCUCCACCAGCUGCGAUCGACCCUCACGGUGCCCGGCAUCCAGGGGGAGCAUCUGACCUUUGUGGCGGAGUUCGAUCGCGGGGGCUCAAUGCGCCGGGUGAAUACCCCGCGCCUGGUCCGGUCUAUGUAUGUCGAUGUUGCUGGCGGCCCCUGUCUGGCGAUGCGCCUGCCGUCGGAUUUGCCCUCGACCAGUGAAGCUGGCGCAUUUGCGCCGGACGCCACGUCGCCUGUUCAAUGUCGCAUGGAAGAGCACACCAUUGUCUGGUACAUCGAGAAGCUGUUGACUUCCCCGGAUGGGGACAUCUAUUUCCCCCUGCCAGCCGACUUGUGCCCAUUGCUUGCCAAUUCCCCCGGAGGAUGUGCCUCCAUGGAGUCCGACUUCCUGGCUGCCAGUCUCCCCCUUUCACAAAGCCUCUCCCUUCAGUCGACCAUUGCCCUGCAAUCAGCAGUCGGCCCCUCCUGGCUGUCGGCCAAUGGUCGGGGUCAUGCCUCGCCUCAUGGGCGGGGCAAUGAUGCGGCGGCAGCGGCCAUCGCGGCGGCAGCCGCCCGUGGGACCGGGGGCCCCUUCUGUCCUUGUCAUUGGGGCCGCGUCUCCGGGGCCAUCCAAACACACUCGACCGCACGCCUCGGUGAUGACCCGCAUGGAGACCGGAUAGCCGGCAGCUCGGCCGAUGCCCUGGCCACCCUAGAAGUGCUUGAGGAUGAUGCCCGGUCCACGGCUGACCUGGACCCGGCCCCGGCAUCGGCCCCGGCAUCGAUGUUCAUGGGAGCCUCCCCGUCGCGUGCGGCUUCCUUCCGGUGCUCGAUCAACCAGACGGUCCCCUACCUGGGCCAUGCGCCCGAGUCCUUUGGCACGACCAUUGUCCUCCGCAAUCCGGAGCUCAAGCGAGCCCUGACAAUCUUCCCCCACCCGGAUGGCGUGGGGUCCAUUGCCCAACCGCGCCGGAUACCUGCGGAGCCCUGUCCCACGAAAUAG